AUGUCAAAGUUUGCAAAUGGAUAUAAAGCAAACGAGUUGAUACCUACACCAUUGUUCAUGGAAAUGACGGACAAGAAGACGAAAAAGUCAGCGGCAAAAGCUGCGGGAGCUGCUCCAUCCCAAAACACAGAGCUGCAAUCUCCAGUAUACGUUCCCGAAUCGAAAGGAUGGGCUCUCACUCAGCUCACCACAUCAUGGCUCAAUCCUCUUCUCAAGCUCGGCUACAAGAGGACUCUGGAACUCGACGAUAUCCCUCCUUUGGAAGAUCAUAACACUGCUGAAGUGCUCGCUUCAAAUCUUCAAUUCUGGUGGGACCUGGAAACCAAAAAGGAUGCGCCUUCCUUACUUUUUGCAUUGCACAAAGCUUUUGGAAGGACAAUGUACCUCGCCGGCGCAUUUCGAUUUGUUGCCGAUUCUUGCGGUUUGGCAUCGCCUGUCAUCAUGCUGCAAAUAAUCUUAUACUUGCAAGGCGUAAACACUAGUGAUAAUGGUUAUACAGGAUAUGUCUUGGCUGUAGUCAUAUUUGUCCUGCAAAUGUUGCAAACAUCGUGCAUGACACAAUCUUCAAACAUGUCAAUCAAGUCUGGAUUUAGAUUACGUGGCUCAAUGAUAUCAAUUUUGAUGAAGAAGAGUCUGAAAUUGUCUCCUCUCUCGCGUCAAGAAUUCACAAGUGGCAAACUUUUAAACAUAAUGUCGACGGACGCAUCAAGAAUGGAGCAAGUGUCGUAUAACUUUCAUCUUAUCUGGUCUUGUCCAUAUCAAGUCGUUGUUGCAACGGUGUUGCUGCUAUACUUCAUUGGUCCAUCGGCGCUAGUUGGACUAGCGCUCUUGGUGGCUUAUAUACCAAUACAAAGAAGUUUAGGAAAUCUUCUUACCUACAACCGAGUCAAGGCUAACGAACAAGCCGAUAUGAGGAUCAAAAUUACGCAGGAAUCUUUCAGCGGAAUACGCGUGAUCAAGCUUUACGCGUGGGAAGAGUCUUUCUUGAAAGUACUGAGAGCGAUUAGAUCUGUUGAGGUUGGAUUUCUGCGUAAAAUCAUGAUGGCUCGUGCCGCAAAUUCCAGUAUUUCACAAAUUAUGCCAGUAUUUGCCGCUAUAUUCUCAUUUAUCACCUACGUUGGAAUCGGGAACGUACUGCAACCUGGAAAGGUGUUCACCUCAUUGUCAUUAUUUUACUUGCUGCGUAUUCCGCUCAUACAGUUGCCUUUGAUGGUCAUGGCAUACAUUGAUGCGUACACUGCUAUCAAACGUAUUGAAUCCGUGUUGAUGGCUCCUGAAGUGGAAGAUUCAAAAACCAUCACAGAAUUCUCGAAAGGUGCUGCUAUUAUCUUUCGCAACGCAACCUUUUCUUGGGAUGCAGAAGACCCCGAGCCAGAUGACCAUCAACCAAGCAAGGUGGCAGCUGAAGACGAUAAUGAGAGAGACCUAGGGGAAAUCUCAUUACCAAAUCCCAAAGUUGCUGAAUCAGCACCUUUUCCUGCUCCAGUGUCUCCUGUCGUUGAUAAUUUGCUGGUUUCUGGUAAUGUAUCCACCGAGGAGUAUCAUAAACUCAAGACGCUUAGAUCUGAAAAUGGCAUUGUGACUCCUUCUGGCUCUCCACUGGUUACAUCUCUCAAAGUUGAUGGCAAACCGUCAGACACUCUACCACGAAAAAAAGUCAUGAUUGACCCUGCUCACGAUUCUGAUACGGACGGUUCAGACGAUGAUGAAGAGAACGUCGGUCGAAUACAUCGUGCUGGCUUUGCCUUGAGAGACUUAACCUUCGAGAUCAAGAGAGGUUCUCUUGUCGCCAUCGUGGGAAGCGUGGGCUCGGGCAAAUCGAGUUUGCUUCAAGCUAUUGUUGGAGAGAUGAGACGUGUGACUGGUGAAUACGGGGUGGAAGGGACAGUCGGAUACUGUGCACAACAAAGCUGGAUCCAAAACUGUACUCUCAAAGACAAUAUAUUGUUUGGGCUGCCUUUUGAUGUAGACCGAUACCAACAAGUCAUCAAGGAUUGCUCUUUGGAGAGAGAUUUAGAAAUUUUACCUGGAGGAGACGAGACAGAAAUUGGCGAAAGGGGAAUCAAUAUUAGUGGAGGCCAAAAGCAACGUGUUAAUCUGGCCAGGUGUACAUACUUUGAUUCAGACAUUACACUUUUGGAUGAUCCGCUGAGUGCUGUCGACAGUCACGUCGGUAAAGCUCUUUUUGAUAACUGCAUCAUGGGAGCGCUUCGCAACAAGACUCGGAUCCUCGUCACUCAUGCUUUGCAUUUCGUUCCAAACGCAGACCAUAUUAUUGUCAUGGACGGUGGGCGUAUUGCUGAACAAGGCACAUUCCAAGAACUCAUGGCCCUUCAAGAUGGAAUUUUCAGAGAAGACUUUCUUCAAUACGGGGGCGUCGAGGAUGAUGUACACGAAGAAGAUAUAAAUCUAAUGGAGCUGCCUACUCAGGUGUCCACUCCUUCAUUACUGCCGCCAUCAACACCAGGAUCGACUACACCACCACAUCGCAGGACUAGUGUAAAGGACUCGCGUCUAUCUCUGUCGGUUCCUGAAUUGCCUGUUGGUAUGGGCUCCCUUCACAAGCGUCGAGCUUCUCGAGCAUCUAUUACUUCGACCAAUGUUUCAACAGCAGAGGACGUGGCUGUUGCUACAGCUAGAACAACUUUAAUCGUCGCAGAAGAAAAAGAAGAAGGAUCUGUAGACAUGGCAGUAUAUGUUGGGUAUAGUCGAAUGUUGGGCGGUGGACUGGUUGUUUCAAUUGUCUUGGGUUCAGUGAUAUUGACUCAGGCAACAAGAGUGGGGACCGAUCAAUGGUUGGCUCAAUGGGCAAAUCGACACUUUCCUGCGCUCGACAAUACUGGAUAUGAAGGGAUUUAUGUCGCGCUGGGCGUCGCCCAAACUCUCUUCUUGCUCUCACAGUCCUUGGUAUUUGCUUGGACGGGAGCAACCGCUUCCAGAACUAUGCACGAUAUGGCUGUUGAACAGGUUUUCCGAAGUCCUAUGAGUUUCUUUGAUUCGACUCCGCUGGGAAGAAUCAUCAACAGAUUCUCGAGAGAUCUCGAUACUGUUGAUUCGUUGAUUCCGGAAAAUAUUCGAGUGCUGCUUUAUACCGGAGGUCUGACGGUGGCUAACUUCGUAUUGAUUUGCAUUAUCUUUCCUAUAUUUUUGGCUCCCUUAGUGCCAAGUCUCUUCUUCUAUGCAUUCGUGCAGAGAUUUUAUAGCUCUAGCAGUCGGGCAUUACGCAGAAUCGACUCUACGACGAGGUCGCCUUUGCUUGCUAAUUAUAGUGAGCAAUUGACGGGAUUGGUUACAAUCCGAGCGUAUGGUGUGCAAGAUCGAUUUUUGAGAGAAGGGCGAAAAUUGUUGGAUAACAAUGAUAGGUACUCUCUGUCGCCGGCUAUUGCAGGUCUCGUCAUAACGUAUAGUCUACAGAUCUCUACCACACUAAAUUGGGCCGUUGAAAACGUCGCACAGACCGAAAACAAUGCAAACGCAUUGGAGAGGCUUAUGCAUUAUGUGGAUCGAUUACCCUCUGAAGCAGCGGCUGUAACGAGCAAACGGCCACCUUCCAACUUUCCAGCUACAGGGCAAGUAAUUUUUAAAGAUCUUGUCCUGAGGUAUAGGGACGAUCUCCCGGCCGUUCUUAUGGGUGUUAAUUUCCGGAUUGAUGGUGGAGAAAAAGUUGGAGUGGUUGGACGGACGGGGGCUGGUAAAAGCUCGCUUAUUGUGGCGCUCAUGCGAUUGGUUGAACGAAGCUCUGGUCUGAUUAGUAUUGAUGGAAUUGAUGUCGCAGAGAUUGGUCUACGUGACUUGCGGUCAAGGAUUUCCAUUAUUCCACAAGAACCAGUCCUGUUUUCGGGCACGAUCAGGUCGAACCUCGAUCCGUUUCACGAGCACAGUGAGAGAGCUGACUUAAAACCGACAGUGUCAAAUAUGCGUGAUCAGCUAGAAAGUCGAGUUGCCGAAGGUGGUGAGAACUGGAGCACAGGACAAAGACAGAUGAUUUGUUUGGCAAGAGCCAUGUUGAGAAGAUCCAAACUAGUUAUUUUGGACGAGGCAACUGCUAGUGUGGAUAGCUCGACAGAUGAAAGCAUUCAAAGGAGUAUUCGCGUAGACUUUGCAAAGUCCACCGUGAUUACUAUUGCACAUCGGCUCAAUACAGUUGUAGACUAUGACAAGAUACUUGUGUUGGGAUCUGGACAAGUUCUAGAAUUUGGGUCGCCAUUGGAACUUCUUUCCAAUCCAAAUUCUGUGUUUACUUCGAUGGUGAACGAAACAGGAGAAGCAAACGCAAGGCUGCUGCAUUCGUUGGCCAAGACAUCUGAAGCACUUCCCGACGCUCUACCGGUUGGUCAAAAUUCUCCUCAAGUAUGCCCCUACUAUCUAGUUGCUGAGCAUUUGAGUGGUACUGCUUUUACUGCACCGCGUGGACUGAACCUCUCAUCGUGGCUAUAUCGAAUUCGACCAAGUGUCACGCAUUUGCCCUACUCCAAGAUAGCGUCAGACAACAUUGUCAAGAAUUGGUCGCCCUUUGACGGAAACAGGGAAGUGGAAUCUACUCCAACACAGCUCCGGUGGUCGCCAUUCGAUAUUCCGACUAGUGGAGAUGUCACAUUCAUUCAAGGCAUCAAGAGCAUCUGCGGUGCUGGAGAACCUUCGACAAAGAAUGGUCUAGCCAUCUACGUUUAUGGCGCAAACAAAAACAUGACCAACGAAGCAUUCUACGAUGCUGAUGGCGACUUCCUCAUUGUCCCACAAGAAGGCAGUCUCAACAUUCAAACAGAGUUUGGUUGGCUCCUUGUUCAACCCAACGAAAUCUGUGUCAUUCCCCGUGGUAUUCGAUACUCUGUUAAAUUGCCAGAUGGACCUUCAAGAGGAUAUAUUCUUGAAACAUUUGACAGACACUUUGAGUUACCUGAUCUAGGGCCAAUCGGCGCGAAUGGACUGGCAAACCCAAGAGAUUUCAUGCACCCAACUGCCUGCUUUGAAGAUAUUGAUGGACCCGGUGUCAGCUACAAUCUCAUUGGAAAAUUUCAAGGCAAUCUAUUUGCUGCUGCUCAAAGUCACAGCCCAUUCGAUGUGGUCGCUUGGCAUGGAAACUAUGUACCGUUUAAAUAUGACUUGGAUCGUUUUGUGCCGUACAACACUGUAUUGAAAGACCAUUCAGAUCCGUCCAUCUUUACUGUAUUGACGGUAAAGACUGGAAAUCCAGGAGUCGCCCUUGCCGACUUUGUGAUAUUUCCUCCACGAUGGCUAGUCGCAGAAAACACUUUCAGACCACCAUACUUCCAUCGUAACUGCAUGUCAGAAUUUAUGGGGUUGAUAUCUGGUGCUUAUGAUGGCAAAAAAGAAGGGUUCCAACCAGGUGGUUGCUCAUUACAUUCGAUGAUGACGGCACAUGGGCCUGAUGCCGCAACCAUGGAAGCUGCUUCAACAGAGGUUAUUUUCUGGUUUGUUGUGUACAAGUAG